AUGCCUGAACAGGAAGGGUUCGGCAAACAGAGCAAACACCGUAUCAGUAAUCCCCUCUGCUCAAAAAGUAUUUCAACCUCGACAAGCAAAACCCAAGACCGACAGCAGCGUCAUCAAUCUAGACCAGAAUCCGACAAUCUUACUGCUAAGGGGGAAGCAAGAUACGUCUAUGCCGAAUGCGGUAUGGAGGACCUCUCCCUUCACGACCACAACAACGGCCAAGGCGGACGACGCGGAGCGCCCCCGCCCCCGCCCCCGCUCCCGCAUGGCCACCGAGGGUACCCUCAGCAGCCCAACCCCGCUACUCACUCCGGCUUCCCACGCCACCACCAACCAGCUCCUCCAACAGCUCCUCCUCCUGCCCCAGGGCAAGAACCUUCACCCACCCCAAUGAUGCCCCCGCCCCUGGCUCAACUGCCCCCGCAAAUGUUCACGACGGCAGCGCAACUUCUGGACCUGACUGAUACCAACCUUGUCCUCCAAGGGACCGUCGAGCGACUAUAUGCCGGAAACCUUUUUGCAGAUAUACAACGAGGAAUCUAUUUAGUGCGGGGAGAGAACGUUCUCUUACUAGGAGAAGUUGAUCUAGAUAAGGAGGACGAUAUACCCACAGGUUACCGCCAGGCACCCUUCGAAGAAGUCUUUGCAUUGAAAAAGCAAGAAGAUAACGAACGAAAGAAACGCAACAAACGCAGCAGUGCCAAACUACAAACCCUUGGCUUUGAGGCUGAGCACAGCGGAGAGGUUUUGUUUUAA